AUGGUGGCUACGAGUUCCCGCAGGAGAAGACACGUCCCCAACCUCGAGCCGGAGUUAUGGCUGGAGAUAUUUCGCUACGCAACCGCCUCCCCAAUUCUCGCUGAGAUCUCGGAUUAUGGAUACAGACCAUUCGACGCCGUUUUGUGGGAGGAAAGAAAUUGGUUCGAACACGAGGUUUCCCUGUUCACCAAACGUUCAAUAUCAACGGUAUGCAAAUAUUGGAAUUUGCUUGUCGCGGAAUUCCUCUUUGAGGAUCUGCACGUUCGGCGGGGUACCAACGCGCUGAAGCGCGCACUUAAUUCACCUACCUAUUACUCUUCAUCCGGAUGCGGCAAAGGCCGCUGGGUAAAACGGGUCGAGCUGUGCUCCUCGUUGGGUGACUUCGACCCAUUCCGGCCUAGCGUUCUCGUAGAAAUCCUGCGAUCAUGUCCCAGAGCCCAAACACUGGUCAGGAAAUUCAGCCCGGGCGGGGGGGAUCCGCUUUCGCGCUGUCGGGGCUUGGAGAACGAUUUCCCCAUGCUGUAUUCCCUCAGACGCAUCGAUUGGUGGUUUCCAUCGGGACGCACUCCGGGAGAGAGCUUAGGUUUUCUGACGGACGUUCUCCACCAUUCCCCUGAGCUGCGCUAUCUUUCGCUGGGGAAUUACGUGUCUAAGCCAUCGGGAGUACGCAUGCUAUCGACGGAUCGGGUGUCGCUUCCCCAACUUUCCGUGCUUCGACUCGAAUCCAUACAUCCCCAGCUUCUGUCGUUCGUCCGUCAGUGGCACCUACCCAAGCUAACACACUUGGUACUCGACCCUUCUGCGUUGGCCGGGCAAUUUAGCGUCCUCCAUAUCAUCGGCUCCCGUAUCCUAUCGCUCGAAUUGAUGCACCAUCCCGCCUUUAUGGAAAAGGACUAUAUUUCGCACAUCCUCUACGAAUGCCCGAACUUGCAAGAGCUUAACUACCACGUCGACAUCACCCAGCCAAUGGACACGCACAUGAAGACUAGUGUCACAUCGCAUGCCUCCCUGCAGCGCAUUCGCAUCCACCUUUCCUCUGGCAGUGGUAGUACAGCGAACCGACACUUCCGUAGGCGACUGGAUGGAAGGAGUCUGGCAGAUCACAUCUACCGACAUUUUAUGAUGAUAUCAGUGUUGGACGCCCCGCGCUUGGAGCAAGUAUCAUUAAUAGGACAAUGGUCUAGGGUGAACUUCGGAAUUAUGGGGAGCGUUGACGAGGCGUUGUCGAAACAAGGAUACGGACAGAGAGCAUGGCGUUUGAUCCUCGCCCACUCUGACUCAUAUUACUGA